AUGCACCAGAAGAAGCAGGUAGUAUUAUCACCCGUGACCGCUAUAUCACUAGCUAGCACCAAGGCACUGCAGCUGCAUACUAACGAAAAUCUGCCAGAGAACGCCGCUGUUGAGAUCGAGGAGCCACUGGCUUUUGUGUUUGACACCUGUAUCUCAGCUUCGCUCAGUAGUAGAUAUGCCCUGAUAUAUACUAUCGGACUCCUUACGUACCACCUGCUAUACAAAAUCAUGUCGUUCGAGAUCGUUUCGUAUCCUUUCUUCUCCCGCGUGGUCGUGUUUCGGUUUCGUAAUAUAUACCGUUUAUCUCUGAGUUGCCUCAUGCACCCGCUGUAG